CGAGAUUUGUUCGUUCCACUCCGUCCCACUUACCCGCGGUUGCUAGGCAACCAUAGUCAGGUGACUGUCUGCAGACAGAACAUGGCUGAGCUGUCAGAAGACCAAUGAGGGAAAGACAGUUUUUUUUAGCAUAAUCGAUCAUUUGUGUAGCGUCUUUUCUCGGCACAUUUGAAAGCUGGUGGACGUUACUUCACAGGACGUCGUCAAGAUGAACGGGAUGCCAGAUGGGAUGGCAAAUGGUCCAAAUGGGAGUGACCAUAUUGGGAAAGAUGCUCAGGUUUGGGAGAGACCGUGGAGUCUGGAAGAAAUGAGGCAGAGCAGCGCCAACUGGUCGUUAGCAGCUGAUUCAGGGCUCUUACUGUUCCUUCAAGACUUCUCUCAAAGAAUGCUGUCCAAGACACAUGAGAUAGAAAAACAGCUGGACAGUUUGAUCCGAGACACCAAGGCCACAGACAGCAGCUUGCACUCGGUCUUCAAUGACUUCCUUAUGCUCUCCAAUACACAGUUCAUAGAAAAUAGAGUGUAUGAUGAUGAGGGAGAGGAGCCCAUUCCAAAGACUGAUGCUGUGGAGAAGCAGCCUGAACAGAAAACUCGAGAGCAGAAGGAAGCCGAGCUGAUCCCCAAGAUGCAAGAAGCAGUGAAUUAUGGUUUAAAAGUACUGGAGUCUGCCUUUGAGCACCUGGACAUCAAAGCGGGAAACUCUGACUCAGAGGAUGAGGAUGCUAACGACAGAGGCGGGGCGAUACUGGAACCCAAGGAUCUUUACGUGGAUAGACCUCUUCCUUUUCUGAUUGGCUCCGAGGCUUUCCUGGAACAAGAUGACGUUGGCCUUGGUGACCUGUCUAGUGAUGAAAUGUCAGUGGACAGCGAGAGAGACAGCGUCAUUGCAAGCAAUGAUGGCAAAGAUGCAGAUAAUUCAGACGAUGAGUUUAUGCAGGAGAUGGAUGAUGGCGUCCAUAGUAUCAAGAAGAAGUCAUCUAUGUUGAGUUAUGAGGAGGACGAAGACGACGAUGAAGAUUCUGAUAUAUUUGGCGAGUCGGACAAGGAUGAUGAUGAUGAUGUAAAGAGCACAGGCCCGCCGACCUUUGCUGACGAGCUGGCCGCCAGGAUCAAAGGUGAACUGGUUAGCAAACCAACAGGAGAUCGAGCCUCAUUAUCAUCAAAAAAGAAAGGUAAAGGCAGAAAAGACUCAAAGCCUCCAAACUCAGAUGCAGCAGCUGAAGACGACAGUGAUGACAUGUUUAAACCCCCAAAGAUGGAUGAUGACGACUUCUCCCCGUUUGGAGGGAAAAGUGGUCUCUUCAGUGGGGGGAGAGGUCUCUUUGAUGAUGACGAUGAGAGUGAUUUGUUCUCUGAGGCACCAAAACCCAAACCUGUGUCCAAAGAAGAGAAGUCUGUGAGUGAAAGCAUCAGAAGCACCACUCAAGCUGCAGAAUCUGGCAAACCCGGCAAGAAAAUUCCACCUGGUGCCGUUUCGAUAUUUCCAGAAAACAGCCUUUUUAACACAGUGGAUGACUUGAUGGAGAACAGUGAACAUGAAGCUCCAACACGUAAGACUCAUGUCCCCUCCAAGCCGAGCCCAAUCGCACCUAGAGGUGUAGGUGGUCUGUUUGAUGAAGAUGAUGACGACGACGAUUUCUUUGGUGGGAAAAGCCUAAAAAAUUCUUCCACUGCUGCAGAGGAAAAACCCAAACCUCAAAAAGCCCUUGACCUAUUUGAUGAAGAUGAGGAGGAUGGUGACAUAUUUAGUGAAAAGUACAGCGCCUCAACUCCAGCUCAAAGCAAGAAGGUGGAAGAGACGGUCAAGCCACCAGAGAAGAAUAUCCCUGCAGGGGCCAUCUCUAUGUUUGGUCCUGCGACUAAAAGCUUACUCGGUGAGGGCCUAAUGAGACGUCAGCUGUCCACGACCAGUGAGGAGUCUGAAAAAUCGGAAAAGAAUGGGCUGGUUCCAGAUGUUGUACCGACUGUUAGUCAGACCCCAAAAUCCAUGGCAAGUAGCCUCUUCUCUGAUGAUGAAGACACGCAGGUGUUUCCAACUAUCCCCAAGAGUCAGUCCAAUCCUGACACAACAAGCCAGAGCAAAAUCAGCCAGCAUCAUGUGUCGUUAUUUGAUGAUGAUGACGAAGAAGAGGAUCUAUUUGCAUCUGCAUCGAAAUCUAAACCUCAUGCAGCUAAAACCUUCACACCACAGCCCAGUAAAGCUAUCUCUAGCUCUCUCUUUAGUGAUGAUGAGGACCAAUGGAUAAGCCCCAAAGUGAGUGUCACCAACCAGGAGAAUGAGACGGGAGGAAUGAAACCAAGUGCCAGUGCUCCCUCCAGCCUCCUGAGUGUCACGUCAUUGCAGAAAAGCAGCCUGUUUGAUGAAGAUGACGACGACCUGUUUGCUCCAGCAAAAGAAUCAAGUCAGAAGAAACCACAGAGGGUUUCUCUUUUGUUUGAGGAUGAGGAUGAUGCAGAUGAUAGUGGGUCCCUGUUUGGCAUUAAACCAAACAACACAAACACAGCAGCUAAACCCAAAUCACAAGAGGCAUCGGAUGCUAAGAAGAAAGUGCCGGAGAAACCAUCAGUGCCGGAGAAAACACCAGUAAAGCCCCCUGGGACGUCGUCGUCACUUGAGAGCAGUGAAAGUAAAAAGAAGCCUGUUGGAGCCGUCAGCCUGUUUGGGGGCAUUGACGUUCUUGCCAACAAGCAGACAAAGAGCAUGUUGGAUGAAGAUGACGACGACCCGCCACCAAACAUUAAGACGCAGGAGAAAGUCAAAACAAAUACUCUCAGUCUGUUUGAUGAUGAUGAUGAUGAUGAUGAUGAUGAUGAUGAUGAUGAAGAGGAGGACAAGCCUGCUCCAAUUGUCAUCCCCAGUAAAGGUACAGCCAGAGAUGCUCCAAAGCCUGUUGAGGAGCAACCGCAGGCAAAAAGCACCGGUGUGUUCCUUGAUGAGGAGUUGUUGUUUAGUUCCACCCAGCAGAAGGACAAUGACCCAGAUGUUGACCUAUUUGCCACCUCGAACAAAACCACAAGCACAAAGCUCAGCUCAGUGAAGCCGGCGACACCAAGUCUAUUCUCAGAGGAUGAGGAGGAUGACCUCUUCAGCUCUAACAAGGCCAGAAGUCCUCCCCCGAAACUAGCAGAGAAACCCAGUAUGUCUCAUGACAGAGCACCGCUACUCAAUCCAGAUUCUGAAUCAGUUUCAGAUAUGCAGAAACCUGCACCAAGUCCUGUAAAACCUAAAGAGCCGUCAUCAAGGAUUGGCAAACUUCAAGCAAGUCUGAAGAUCAACCCCACUGUGUUGCUCCCUGGUUCAGUCCCCAUUAUGCCUGGGGCUGUGAGUGUGCUCCCUGGUCUGGAUCCCAGUUCGUCUUCUGGGGUAUCCAGCUCUAGUCUGAGCCCCAGCCCUGCUACAACUCCUAUUGGAGCCCAGACCAACAUUGAGGGGGCAGUGAGCUUCGACACGCCACUCCAGGCUUCCACUUUGCAGAGUGCACACAAGAGUCGCAUCAAAGGGUCUGUACGUCGAAGACCUCAGUCCAGAGUAGCAAGACAGCAAGCAGUUCAAAGAUCCGAAGAGGAGCAAGAAGAGGUCCCUGGUGGACACCUCUCUGAGUCUAACCCCACUUUGUCAUCUCCAGAUGACUCAAGCCAGGCUCCCGCUCUUCAGAUUGCAGCAUCAACCACAUCCUUGCCUGACAGUCUACCUUCUCAACCUCAACCAACUCAAAUCUCCACCAAGCCCUCUCUACCAACAUCGCCUCUAUCCACAAAUGCAAAAAAGCAAGACUCUAGCAGCCACAACCAAGGCAAGGUACUUCCUCCCUUUGAGGAGGGCGACCUUUUUGGUUCCAACAGCCUUUUUGGAUCCAUCUCUGUCACCACCAACGUUCAACAUCAGGCAGACACCGGAGCAGCAGUGAAGAAAGAUAAAAGCAAUCUCCCAUCUAUUUUCGAUGACAAUGGUGAUGACCUCUUCCAAAAGGUGACAUCAACUUCAAAGACUGCCAAGGUUUCAUCCUUUUUAGAAGAAGACGAUGAGGACAUAUUUGGAGUAAACUCAAUGUCCACGUCCUCCGGUAGUAGCGCCAUCAAGAGUAGCAAAAGCUUUUCAAAGCAGGACAUUUUCGAGGAUGACGUAGUAACAACUUUGCCAAAAGUCCAAAAGAAGGACAAAGACAAGCGCAUUGAUUUCAGCCUGUUUGAUGACAACAUAGACAUAUUUGCUGACCUGACAGACUCUCUUACACCAAAGCAUAAGACGAAGACAAAGGGAGCGACCACGUCCAUAUUUGAUGACGACAUGGAUGACAUCUUCACACCAAGCGUAGUCAAAACCACCACAAAGGCGCCUCCGAAAUCAAAGAUUUCGCCCCCCUCCCAGGAGAGCAGCACAGCAUCAGACUCAAGCAACAUAUUUGAUGAUCCACUUAAUGCUCUCGGUGGGAACUGAAAUAUUUUGACUAGAUUUGUAUCAUUGUGAAUCAGCUCUUUGUAACAUGUAGAGAUCGGACACACUGUUAAUGCAGAUAUUUAUUCAUAUGCAUAUCAAUACGGCCAUUUUGUGUACCGCAAAUAAAUAAUGUCAUUACAUCAAAUCCUAUAAUGUAACGUUUAAUUCAGUACUGUUGAUGGUUAUUGUACAUGAUAGCACUUUAUAAGCAUAACUGUGUGCUUAGCCUCAAAGCCUGGAGAAAUUAACAUUAAAUUGUUUUGAAUGAUGUUCAUUUGGCUUUGCCAUGUUGAGAUUGUAUAGGUUUGUGCCAAGUCAUGUUUAUGUCAAAUCAAUGUGCUCUUUUUUUCCACUGUCUUAAGUUUUUGACCAUUGAACAUUUUUAUCAACAAGAGGCCCAUGCAUUUCUUAACUUUUGCUGUGAUAAUAAGAAAUGUAAUUUUUAUUAAUAACUAAAAAGAAACGUAUUUUAUACUAUCUGGAAUA